AUGGAGACACUCAGGAAUCUCUUCGGGAAGCCUGACCCUCAGGCGCAAUUCCGAAAAUGCAACGCCAUGCUUCGCGCGGAAAUGCGUAAACUCGACCGCGAGAUCGCAAACCUGAAGAACGUCGAGAUCAAAACAAAGAACAUGAUCCUAGCCGCCGACCGCCGCGCGCGGCGCGCCGCCUCCGGGCCCAAUGCCAACUCCCGCGCGAAACAGCAGGCCGAGCGCGAGGUGCGCGACUUUGCCCGCGAGUUGGUGCGCACGCGCAAGACGACGCAGCGGAUGAUUACCUCGCGCGCGCAGCUGGCGUCGGUCCAGAUGCAGGUCAACGAGGCGUUUGCGCUGCGCAAGAUCCAGGGGAGCAUUCGGGCUAGUGUGGGGAUUAUGAAGGACGUGAAUGCGCUGAUUAGAUUGCCUGAGCUAGCGGUGACGAUGCGGGAUUUGAGUGUUGAGUUGAUGAAGGCGGGGAUCAUUGAGGAGAUGGCGGAGGAGAUGCUGCCAACGGCUGAUGUCGAGCUCGAGAUGGAGGAUGAGGAGGCUGAGGGCGAGGUUGAUAAAGUGUUGGGAGAGAUUCUCAAGGACAGGAUGGAGAAGACCGGGCCACUGCCCAGCGUCCCGACGGGGACUACCGAGUCCGUGCCUGCUCAACAGGCUCUGGAGGAAGAAGAUGCCGAUACCCAAGCUAUGCUGGACCAGAUGCGGAACAGACUCGAGGCUCUGAGGAGCUGA